AUGUCCGCUAAGCGCCCACGGGCCCACACAAAUGGUGUCAAUUCGAGCGGCACUGGCCGUGAUAAUCGCAACAAAAGACCUCGCCCAUCUGAGCCAAACAGCAGCGAAGAGUCAUCCACCGACGAACGAUCUGGUGCAGCGAGCGGCAGCGAUACUUCGGACGCAGAAGACGAACAGGAACGGAAUGCACAAGAAAUAUGGGCGACACAACAAGUUCAGAAAGAACGGCGGGAGACUGCGAAUAGGCAAAAUAUCGCAACAGAUUCUGGUAUAAUCGAGGAGAUUCAGUGUAUAAACUUCAUGUGCCAUGAGCAUUUGACCGUCACUCUGGGCCCGCUCAUCAAUUUCAUCAUAGGGCACAAUGGUAGUGGCAAGAGUGCCGUACUCACUGCACUUACAAUAUGUUUGGGUGGAAAGGCUACAGCGACCAAUCGCGCACAAAAUCUCAAGAGUCUGAUCAAAGAAGGCAAAGACUAUGCCUCUGUUACUGUCAAGAUUAAGAACCAAGGACCACUUGCGUACAAGCCCUCACAAUAUGGCGACUCAAUCAUUGUCGAGCGGCACUUCAGCAGAUCCGGAACGUCAGGCUUCAAACUCAAGGACCGAAACGGCAAGCUUGUCACAAACAAAAAGGCAGAACUUGAAGACAUCCUCGACGCCUUCUCCAUGCAAAUUGACAAUCCCAUGAAUGUCUUGACGCAGGAUAUGGCAAGGCAAUUUCUCAAUCAUUCCACUCCCAAGGACAAGUACAAAUUCUUCCUCCAAGGCACUCAACUCGAGAAUCUGAAUAGGGACUAUCAGCAGAUUGAACAGUCUUUAGAAGUGAUGAAUGCGAAGGCCGAGGUCAAGGAGGCUGAUCUGAGUGUUCUACGGCGUCACAUGGAGGAGCUGGAAAAGAAGGCGCGGAGAGCCCAGAACCUAGAGUCUCUACGGGCCAAGGAAGCAAUUCUUGCAGGACAGGCUGCAUGGGCUCAUGUCCAGGAAAAAGAAAAGGAGGUCGCGGACGCACAGGCCGGAGUUGAGGAAACGCAGGCUAAAAUACGAGAACGGGAGCAGAAAGCGGCUGAAGCAGCAGAGCGUUAUGAACGUGCUGACCAGGCCUACGAGGCUGCUAAACAAAAAGUUGCUGAUCUUACGGAAGAAAGUGGACCCGUCGAUCGAGAGUUACAAGACGCCAGGGCAAGAUUUGAUCAGGUCAAGGCGGCGCUCAAGCAACUUCAAUCUGAUGAACGGCAAGCCCGAAGCGAGUUGACUGCUAAGCGAUCAGAAGUGGAGAAAUACGAAAAACAAAUAGAGCAAUACCGACAGCGACAGGCGCAAGCUGAUAACGGUCUUUACGCCGAGAAAGUCCGUGAGCGUGACGAAGCCAUGGUCGAGUGUGACAGAGCCAGAGAGGCGUACGCAUCUCAUGACGUUAGUCGCCCGCAACUGCUAGCCCAGCUUGAAGCGGCUAAAAAAGAGCUGGCAAAUGCAAAUCAAAAAGUCCAAAAUGCGCGCGAAGACGCAAAGCGCAUCCGAAGCGUCGUCUCAAGACUAGAAGGAGGCCAGGGUGAAUGGAUAGAUGGAUUUGCAAAUCCCAGUAGACUCAAGGCAUUACUGGACGCGAUCAAAUCUGAACGUCGGUUUCGAGAGCCACCGGUAGGACCUAUCGGCCAUCACAUAAAACUGCUAGAUCCGAAGUGGGGUCGCAUAUUGGAAAAACAGUCUGGUCAAGCGCUCAAUGGCUUUGUCGUCACUAGCAAGCAUGAUCAAAGUGUUUUGUCUACAUUGAUGAACAGGACAGGCUGGUCCGCACAAAUAUACAUUGGCAAACGUGCUCCGAUUGAUACAAGUAACCAUGAGCCUGACAAAGAUCUCUUGACAUGGAUGAGAGUAUUGACUGUAAGCGUAAUGUGUUUUGACGAUGACCUUGUUCGCAACCAGCUCAUCAUCAAUCAGUCAAUAGAACAAACUGUACUUUUUGAAAACAUGACAGAGGGCUUUAGGCUACUGAAAGAUGGUGGACCACGUGCCAAGAAUGUCAAAAUGUGCUUUACAUUCGCGGAUGGCGAUACCCGAAGAGGUCGAGUAUACCAUUACAGCAACAAUGGCCAAGUCAACGACAGUCCCAUCCUAGAAUUCAUGGGAAAUCUGCGCAUGCAAGUCGAUCAGAAUGCUCAAAUUCAAGAGGAGCGAACUCGCCUGACUCGAGUUAUGGCAGAGAUACAAGUUCUUGAGGGGAGUGCCAGACAGUUGCAAGAGCGGGUUAAUGAAUGUAAGCGUCGAGAAGUUGACCAUGAACGCGAGAAGAAAACACUCAAAAUUGUUAUGCAACAGGCUUCGGAUAACUUGGACCGGCUUGAAGGUGAGCUGAGCGAGGCUACUCCUGACGCAUCGGCCAUUGAGGUUGCCAAGGAAGCACUUGAGACUGCGAAAGAGGAAUUCAAAAGUCUCGAGGGUGUGUUUGAAGACAUAACAACUCGGAAAAUCGAACUGAAUGAGGAGAACCGAGCGAACAAAGAUGACAUGGACAGGAAAUUCGCUAAGGCCGAGGAACUCGAGUUCAAGCUGAAAAAGGCAGACAUUACCGUUCGCCAACUCCAAAGCAAGCGAGAGGAUGAGCUCCGGGAGAAGAACGAAUCUAUUGCCAAGGUUGAAAGGGCGGAAGCAGUGCGCAAGGAAUGGGAGAAUAGUGUGGAAGAGUUACGCAAAGAACUGGAGGAGGUAAUCGAAGGCGCUAGAGGUGUCUGCGCGGAGCGGGUUCCUGUGCCGGCAGGAAAGAGCUCUGAGGUACUUGGUCAGAUGCUGGCAAAGCUAGAGGCGACGAGGAAAGCGUCGGAGAAGGAACUCGGUGGGUCGCAAGAUGAGCUACUACGAGCGGCGAAUGAAGCGAAGAGGCAACACAAGGAUGCAAUGCAGGAAUUUGAUAACAUCAGGGAUUUGCGCAACCAACUGAUCACCACCCUCAACAAUCGACGCAACCGAUGGAAGCAGUUUAGGUCUGGUAUCUCUGUUAGAGCACGCGUCACUUUCAAUUACCUCUUGAGCGAACGAAAGUUCAGGGGCACAUUGAGUAUCGAUCACCAGAAGGCUCUUCUCGACAUCCAUGUUCAACCGGAUAUCAUGGAACGAAGUGGGGAUGGCAGGCAAACAAAGACACUUUCGGGUGGAGAGAAAUCAUACUCGACCGUGUGCCUUCUGCUCUCACUGUGGGAUGCAAUGGGCUCUCCGAUCCGUUGCCUUGACGAGUUUGACGUUUUCAUGGACAGUGUCAAUCGCGAACGGAGCAUGAACAUGAUUAUUCAGGCAGCGCGACGGUCGAUUGGCCGACAGUUCAUUUUCAUUACGCCUCAGUCGAUGAGCCAGGUCAACCAGACGUCUGACGUCAAGAUCAUCAAGAUGUCUGAUCCCGAGCGGGGACAGACGGCGCUCAGCAUGAGCCGGGGUUGA